AAGUCUCUCCCCACCCAUUAAUCCUCCUCCUCCUGUACUCCCCAGAGCUAGAGAGAGAGAGAGAGAGAGAGAGAGAUGGCGGUGGCUAAUGUAUGGGGCACUGGACAUUCAAUCUCAGUGCCCCAAUUGAGGCCUUCCUCAUCAUCAUCAUCAUCUUCUUCUUCUUCUUCUUUUGAUUGCUUUUUGAAGAAAUCAGGAAACUUGAGGGCCGUGUUGGGUCGGGGUUUGACUGUUCCCAGAAAGCAUUUUCUCAAGACCCGCAAAAGUUCAAAGCUUUCUUGCCGUUGCAGCAGCAGCAGCAGCACCAACACCACCGCCAAUUCUUCCGAUUGGGAUUGGAAUCGCUGGACCCGCCAUUUUUCUGAAAUUGAACAGGCCGAGAACUUCGCCUCUGUUCUCAAGUUUCAACUAGAAGAUGCAAUUGAGAGGGAAGACUUCCAGGAAGCGGCAAAAUUGAAAACAGCUAUUGCAGAAACAACAUCAAAAGACAGUGUUGCUGAAAUAAUGUUUCAAUUGAAGCAUGCAAUAGAUGAAGAGCGUUAUCAUGAUGCUUCACAAUUGAGCAGAUGUACAGGAAGUGGGCUGGUUGGUUGGUGGGUGGGCUGUUCAAAGGAUUCUGAUGAUCCCUUUGGCAGGUUAAUACGUAUAACUUCUGGCGUUGGAAGAUUUAUUGGCAGGAGUUAUAGUCCAAGACAGUUGGUCGCUGCAUCUGGUGGAACUCCUCUAUUUGAAAUUUUUGUGGUCAAAGAUGCUGAUGAAACAUACACUAUGCAGGUAGCAUUCUUGCAACGAGCCAAAGGAAGUUCGACGAACUCCACAAGUUCAUCAUCCAAUUCCAAAUCCACAAAAGGGCCAUCCAUUUCCAAGAUCGAUGAUGCAUCUGUAGUAGACAUUAAUAGGAAUGAAACUAAAGCAGAGAAAAGUGAGGACAAAAGCAUAAAUGUUGAGGGAGCAACUGAGGAAGGGAUAACAAGUGUGAUAAAUUUUCUGAAAGAAAAAAUUCCAGAAUUGAAAUUAAAAGUGAUGAAAAUUAAUGGCACUGAAGAAGUUAUAGAGGACACUGAUGCUGUGAAGCAGUUGAUGCAAGAAGAUGAUGAGAAUACAACGCCCAGUGAAGGUUCUGAUGAUGAAGCUAGUAAUUUGGAUGAUAUUGAGCCUGACCAGGUUGCACUGGGAGAUGGUAAUGACGCGACAGAAAAUGGAAAGAAUUUAGAUAUGAAGGUUUUUAUUGGAGGGAUUUUACAUAACAAAGAAGAAACUUCUACUAAAGAUGAGUAUGUGCGCAUUCGAGCUGAAAUUAAAGAUAUGGAGAGAGAUUCUUUUGUGCUUCAUAUUCCUGCAAGAAGCCAAAAUCAUGAUAGUGAGGAAAGUAUAGCGUCUAAGGUUAAAGUGGCAGCUAUAGCAGCUAAAGGUGUUUCUGAACUUAUGCCUCCUGAAGUUGCCAAGACAUUUUGGGGUUCUGAUAAGGUAUCUUCAAAGGUUUCUAGAGAUGUGCGAGAAAUUGUCAAACUUGCUGUUAGUCAGGCUCAGAAGCAGAACAGGUUAUCUGACUACACAACUUUUAGUCGAAUUACUACUUCUGGAGGUGAUUUGGAUCCUUUUGAUGGUCUUUAUGUUGGUGCAUUUGGCCCUUAUGGCACUGAAGUAGUUCAGUUGAGGCGUAAAUAUGGUAAUUGGAAUAGAAAGGAUGAUACUGAUAAAUCUUCGGAUGUUGAGUUCUUUGAGUAUGUUGAGGCAGUAAAGCUAACAGGAGAUCUAAAUGUUCCUGCUGGCCAGGUUACCUUUCGUGCAAAAAUUGGAAAAGUGAAUCGCAACCCCAACCGCGGGUUGUAUCCAGAUGAAUUGGGAGUGGUUGCAAGCUAUAAAGGUCAAGGGAGGAUAGCAGAAUUUGGGUUCCGAAAUCCAAAAUGGGUUGAUGGUGAACUCCUCCAACUCAAUGGCAAGGGCAUGGGACCAUAUGUACGAGGAGCAGAUCUUGGUUUCCUUUAUGUUGUACCUGAGCAGAGUUUCCUAGUACUUUUCAACUGCUUGAAACUACCAGACUAACAAGUCUGUUCGAUCUGACACCCCUUGCAUAUGGUAUGAAUUCAAGAAGAGAAAAUAUUUCUUGUUUUCUUUGAGUGGAGGCAGUUUCACCCUACGAUAAUACAAUGUAACUAGCAUGCACGUUUUUGUCUUUUUUCUUCUCCUUUUUAAGUGUUCUUUUGAAGAUUUUGAAAAAAAUAAAAGAAAUAAAAAAGCGAAAUGUUUUUGAAGGGUUAUUUUGCUCAAGAUUUUGUGGUUUUUCUCAGCUCCUUCACCGGUAAUUCAAUAGGAUGAUGGUCUAUUAGCAUUUCUAAGUAAUACCUGUAAGAAAUUCACAAAUAGAUGAUACACACGAGCUACUCUCUGCAGCAGUCAGGUAGCAGGAUAUUCUUUGAUCA